AUGGGCCCAAGAAACUUUCUUAGACAUCUUGUCGUCGCUUCGCUCCUUUGUCUCACUUCUGCUCACGUCCCCGCUCAGGCCAACAGCACCGCCUUUGAGCUACAGAAAUGCUUGACCACUGCUGGGGUUCGAAAUGUCAUCAGCGCUGAUGCCACCUGGGCCAAAGAUACUGCUGGUUUCCAGAAACGCAUCAAAGUCAUCCCUGCUGCUAUAUCAUUCCCAGAGAGCAACGAUCAAAUCGCUCUCUCACUAGACUGCGCACGGAAUCCCUCCACUUCGGCUUCGGUCCUCGGUGCCGCGCACUCUUUCCAGGCCUACGGUUUCGGAAACCCGGGUAGUCUUGUGAUCAGCAUGGCUGCCUUCAACUCCGUCAUUGGUGGUGGUGGUGGCUUCGGCUCCACUUCCCGCCACCUCGGUACCCCCAUGGACAACCUCGAGUCCGUUGAGUAUAUGCUGUACAACGGUACCAUCGUCAACGCGGUCAAGGGAUCUGACCUCUUCUGGGCCGCCCAAGGCGCGGGAGCCUCCUUUGGUGUCCUGCUCUCCGUCACCACCAAUACCUACAAGCCCCUUUUCGAUAUCGCUGUGAACUUCACUAUCAACGCCGGUGACCUGACCUCCACCAAGGCUGCGAAAUCACUCGUUGCCAUCCAGAGGUACUCACUUUCCGAGGAUUGUCCCGAUGAAUUGGCCCUCCGCUGGUCUCUCAGCGGACCCCCCUACAUAGCAAAAGGCUUUUUCUACGGAGAUCCGGCCGGUUUCGACACCGUUAUUGCGCCUCUUCUCAAAUCCCUCAACGAUAUCACUGGUUGUGUCACAGUACAAAAGACUGAGCUGCCCUUCUGGGACAUGGAGGUUGCCGUUGCCGGCCCAGGCAUGAAUCAGCUCAACGGAGGCGCCCUCAGCGAACGGAGUUUCUACACUCAGUCUUUGACUAUUACCACCGACCACCCCCUCACUGUUGAGCAGGCCAAGGUUCUCUAUGAGAGUACUGACUUUUCCUUCAACCGUACCGACAUGCGCAAGUCCGGCUUCAUCGAUCUCUGGGGCGGUGUCUCUCGCGACAUCUCCGACACCGACACUAGCUUUGGCCACGGCAAAAACCUUUGGCUUAUUCGCUGGGAGUCCAGCUCCGUUGAUAUCACCAGCUAUCCUGCUGACGGCCCCGCUUACAUGAAGAGUCUAUUCAAGCCCUUUGAGGAGGCUCUGGUUGCCAGCGGUGCUCCCCUCCGCGGAUUCGUCAACUACGCCGAUACCGAACUCUCCCAGGCCGAGUGGUCAUCUCGUCUUUAUGGGGCAAACUUUGACCGUCUUAAGCAGCUCAAGGCUGUCUAUGACCCCGAAGGUUUGUUUGUCAACCACAAGCAAGCCAUUCCAAUGCCUUGA